AUGGCUGGCCCCAGCAUCUGGAACAGCCUCAAGUCGGUCCUGAGAAAGAACAAUGACUCCUUGUUCCUGAAUGACUGCAGUGCCUUUGAUUUUUCGGAUGAGAUUGGUGAGGAAGACUUUCCCCGGUUCAAGAAACUGCAAGUCGUGGUUUCGGAAGAUGCGGCCGACACCUCUGCCAAUGGGGCCUACGUGGGACCCCACUCAGAUGACGAGUCCUUGCUGGACAGGGACAUUGCCUUGCGGAAUGCUGUGGCCGGGCCCCCUAUAGACCCUUGUAACAAUUGUACCCAGCAAAGGGAACUGUUAAAGCAAAGGAAGGUGAAGAGGCGGCUGGCAUUAGCUGCAGUCCUAUAUCUUCUCUUUAUGGCAGGCGAGCUUGUAGGUGGAUACGUUGCCAACAGUCUAGCAAUCAUGACGGAUGCACUUCACAUGUUAACCGAUCUCAGCAGCAUUAUUUUGACUCUUCUUGCUUUGUGGCUCUCAGCAAAAGCACCCACAAAAAAGUUCACCUUUGGAUUCCAUCGAUUAGAGGUUUUGUCUGCCAUCUUCAGUGUAUUGCUGGUUUAUGUCCUAAUGGUUUUCCUCUUAUACGAAGCUGUUCAGCGAACUAUCCACAUGGACUAUGAAAUUAAUGGGGAUGUGAUGCUCAUUACUGCAGCUAUUGGUGUGGCAGUAAACCUCAUAAUGGGCUUUCUGCUGAACCAGUCAGGCCACCUUCACUCCCAUUCGCAUACGCCUUCAUCUAUUCCUCCGUCCAGCUCUUCCGCUCCAGCCUCUGGGCACCCUCAUAGUCACAGCCAUGGCAGCUUGGCUGUGAGAGCUGCGUUCGUCCAUGCCCUGGGAGACUUGGUGCAAAGUAUUGGUGUGCUUGUAGCUGCAUACAUCAUUCGAUUCAAGCCAGAAUACAAGAUUGCUGAUCCUAUAUGUACAUACAUAUUUUCAAUUCUUGUGGCUUUCACCACAUUUCGGAUCAUACGGGACACCGGAAUAAUUGUACUUGAAGGAGUUCCAAGACAUUUGAAUGUGGACCUUAUUAAAGAAGAGUUGAUGAAAAUUGAAGACGUAUUUUCAGUGGAAAACCUGAAUGUCUGGUCUCUAACUGCAGGAAAAACAAUUGCCAUCGUCCACCUACAAUUAGCUCCUGGUAGUUCACCAAAGUGGGAGGAAGUCCAGUCGAAGGCCAGACAACUGCUGCUGAAUACUUUUGGCAUCUAUCAAUGCUCCAUCCAGCUUCAAAGCUACCUGCGAGAAGAGAACAAGCCCUGUGCAAAUUGUCAGAGUGCCUAAUUUUUCCACACUUUGGGGAGACUCGCUGCCUUAUCCUUUUUAUCCUGCAGCCAAAAGGCCACAAAGCAAUAAAGAUAAGAUAUUAAUGGAAUGGAGUCCUUUCAGCUCCGACACAGUGUCUGCAUUUAGUGCAGUAUCGGGGAUCGGAGCCAUUGGUGUCAGGCUCAGCAUGGCCCUCUUCAUGAAGACAGACUUUUGCUCUUCUCUCAUUGUUAAUUUCUGCUAGGGUUUUCUUGCCAGUAUAUUUCCAAGAAGUUGUUUACAGAUCACUUGAUGGUUGAGCAGGUUCCUCGCUGAGCACGCUUCCACAUUGCCAUUUGUUAAAGGUCCUUUCUGACACUCCAAAAGGAGCAUCAGGAAAUUUAUCUACUUGAGUUUUAAAAAGAGUUGAAAAAAGAUGAUCAUGUUCACAAUUUGUAAAGUUAAUGAUCCCUGGAUUGGUUACAUAGUAUUCCCCCUUCCCUUUUACAGGUUUUUAAUUCCUUAUCUAAAAAAAUGCUGCAGGGAUAACAGGACUUUUUUAUAAGUUGUCUCUUAAUACAAACUUGAAUCUGUAUUGGCUUUUACAUGUAACCAGUUUUUGGACAUUUAGCUUUAAACAGUACUUCGUGGUAGAAGGAUUUUAUCCAGGAUGAGCCACCACUUGUUUAACUGAAGACUUUGGGGCUGGACCCACCAUGUUUGAAAAGACUGACCGACUUUCAUAUCCUUUGACAUAGGUCUUGUAUUGUAGAAGAGUAUAUUUAAUUUCUUCGAGUCUAUGUGAUUGACUUGGAAAACAUUCUUACUGGUCCUCCUGAGUAUCUAAAGUAACGUUUCACCUGCUUCAAAAGGCUAUUUGAUAACCUGAAUCUUAACUCUAGUAAAUAGAUGUGCUGUAGAAACGUC